AUGCCAAAGCGGUCUGAGGAGAUGCACAUGGAUCUGUGGAUGUCCUUGCUGCUGGUGUGGAUUACUUGUGCUCCCCGUGUGUCUACGACUCCCAUCGCAGGCCAGUCCAAAAGUAUACAAACUGGUGGGUCCGCAGCAGUGGCGAGCGGUCUUGGCGAAGGACAAAGAUUACUGAGCCGCGCCAAGAGAGGAUGGGUUUGGAAUCAAAUGUUUGUGCUGGAGGAAUUUUCUGGACCAGAUCCAAUUCUAGUUGGCAGGCUACACACAGACUUGGAUGUGGGCGGCAAGAACAUCAAGUAUGUCCUAGCGGGCGAGGGCGCGGGCACCAUCUUUGCCAUCAAUGAGUUAACUGGCGACAUCCACGCAAUGAAGAGGCUGGACCGCGAGGAGAAGGCCGAGUACACACUGACAGCCCAGGUUGUUAAUGCCGAUACAGACGAGCCCUUGGAGCCGCCGUCCGAGUUCAUCAUCAAAGUCCAGGACAUUAAUGACAAUCCCCCACAGUUCAUCGAAGGCCCGUACAGAGCUGCUAUUCCAGAAAUGUCUGCUGUUGGUACCACAGUUACCCGGGUAACAGCCACAGAUGCCGACGAUCCAGUGUAUGGAAACAGCGCAAGACUGGUCUACAGUAUAUUAGAGGGGCAACCAUAUUUCUCUGUAGACGCUAAUCUUGGAACCAUAAAGAUUGCCCUCCAUGAGAUGGAUCGCGAGAUGAGAGAGGAAUACCUGGUGGUCAUCCAGGCCAAGGACAUGGGGGGUCACAUGGGGGGCUUGUCAGGAACUACGACAGUCACCAUCACGCUAAUGGACAUCAACGACAAUCCACCAAAGUUUUCCAAAAGUCUGUAUGAGUUUGUGAUUCCGGAAAACCUACCGAUAGGAAAGAUGGGAGGCAAGGUGAAGGCAAACGAUAGGGACAUCGGUGAGAAUGCCAAGUCAACAUACAGCAUAAUCGAGGGAGACGAGCAAGGCACGUUUGAGAUUGUAACGGACGCGCAGACGCAAGAGGGGAUUCUCCGAUUGAAAAAGCCGUUAGAUUACGAGACCAAAAGGGCGUACACACUCCGAGUGGAGGCCGGCAACAUGCAGACCGAGCCCAGCAGCGGCAGCAGCGGCCCCUUCAAAGACACCGCCACGGUGAAGAUCGUGGUGGAAGACUCCGACGAGCCUCCAGUCUUCUCCAAACCCAUCUACGUACUGGAGGUGAAUGAGAACGCCCCCAUCAACACGGUCAUAGGCACAGUGACCGCCCGGGAUCCGGACGGCCCGGGGAGCCUUGUCAGAUACUUCAUCGAUCGGCACACGGACCUGGAGCGCCAGUUUAACAUCAACGUGGACGACGGGAAGAUCACGCUGGCCAAGCCGCUGGACCGGGAGACAGACAUGUGGCACAACAUCACAGUAACCGCCACAGAAGUCCGAAAUCACAGUCAGAUAUCAAGGGCAAUUGUUGCCAUCAGAGUUAUGGACAUAAACGACAAUGCCCCCGAAUUUGCCACUGAAUACGAGGCCUUUCUGUGUGAAAAUGGAAAACCCGGACAGGUGAUCCAGACUGUCAGCGCAGUGGACAAAGACGACCCGAUACAAGGCCAUUACUUUGACUACCGACUCGUCCCGGAGAUGCUCAACAACCCCAACUUCACCAUCAAAAACAACCAAGACAAUUCAAUCAGUGUUCUAGCCAAGCAUGACACUUUCCGACGACAGAAACAGGAGGUGUACUUCCUGCCAAUCAUUGUGACAGACAAUGGGAAUCCACCAAUGAGCAGCACCAACACCCUGACCAUUCGGGUCUGUGGGUGCAGCAAGGACGGCAUUGUGCAGUCUUGCAACGUGGAGGCCUACGUCUUACCUAUCGGCCUCAGUAUGGGAGCUCUCAUUGCCAUCCUGGCCUGCAUCAUACUGCUGUUAGUAAUAGUAGUACUAUUUGUCACCUUGAGGAGACACAAGAAUGAACCUUUGAUAAUCAAGGAUGAUGAGGAUGUGAGAGAGAACAUCAUCCGUUACGACGACGAAGGAGGCGGCGAGGAGGACACGGAGGCCUUCGACAUCGCCACACUGCAGAACCCAGACGGCAUCAAUGGUUACUUGCCACGCAAGGACAUCAAGCCCGACCUGCAGUUCAUGCCCCGAGCUGGGCAGCACUCAGGCCCCAACGGCGUGGAUGUGGAUGAAUUCAUCAACGUGCGGCUCCACGAGGCAGAUAAUGACGCCACAGCACCGCCAUAUGACUCCAUACAGAUCUAUGGAUACGAGGGCCGUGGAUCCAUUGCUGGCUCCCUCAGCUCACUGGAGACGGCAUCAUCAGACUCAGACCAGAACUAUGACUAUCUUAGAGAGUGGGGUCCACGCUUCAGAAGACUUGGGGAGCUCUACUCAGUGGGCGAGAGUGACCGCGAGACCUGA